AAAAAAAACCCUAUGGGGAACAAAGAAAUCAGAGUAUAUUUAAGGGGAAGUCUCCCUGGAUCCUGGAGCCGUGUGGCUGUUGGAUCUGACUGCACACCUCACCUCUGCCUGCUUGUGCACCUCCAUCCAUCACGGCUCCUGACGGACGGCGCUGAGGAUGCGGACUUCUCUGGUCGUGUGCUUGUGGGUGUUUGCGCUACAGUGUUUGCAAAGCAUGCUUGGCGCUCCAGUGCGCGGAGCCGGCAGGUACAAAGCGGCACCGGCCUCUGAGAAGUCCCCGGCCCUGAAGAAGAGAGGAAAGGCUCCUCACCCCCAGGACUUGGUAAAGGAGGCGAUUUCAUCAACUAAUGCUUCGAAUACUUGGAACCGUCCUCGCUGUGGCGUACCGGACUUCCCCAGCCAGAAGGAUGUACAGUACCGAGGGCGACAUCGCCAGAGACGCUUCGUGCUACAUGGAGGCCGUUUUGAUAAGAAGGACCUUACCUACAAGAUUGUACGUUUCCCCUGGCAAAUGGACGAGGAGAAGGUGCGGCGUGUGUUUCGGGAGGCGGUGAAGAUCUGGAGUGAUGUCACACCUCUCACCUUCACCGAGGUCCGCAGAGGGAUGGCGGAUAUCCGGAUCGACUUUUCCAGCUACUGGCACGGAGACAGCCUCCCGUUUGACGGUCCGGGUGGGAUUCUAGCGCAUGCUUUCUUCCCAAAAACACAUCGACAGGGCGACAUUCACUUUGACUACGACGAGACCUGGACCCUGGGGAAUCACAUGGGUACAGACCUUCUGCAGGUCGCCGCUCAUGAGUUUGGGCAUGUACUGGGCCUGCAGCAUUCGCGUAAACCAAAAAGCAUAAUGUCCGCUUACUAUUCCUUCUCCUACCCGCUGAGGCUGAGCGAGGACGACAAGCAAGGCAUCCAGUACCUGUACGGAGCUAAAACACAGGUCCUACCCCCACCGCCAACCCCGGCUCCACGGGCUCGGCCUACCAACACAGAGACCAACGACCUUAAUCCCGACGCCUGCCAGACAGACUUUGACGCCGUCUCGAUGAUCCGAGGGGAGCUGUUCUUUUUUAAGUCGGGCUACGUGUGGAGAAUCAGGGACCCCGGAGGAUCUGGGCGCCUGGAGAGUGGUUACCCAGCGCUGGCCUCCCGACACUGGAAGGGGAUCCCCAGCAAGAUUGACGCCGCCUUUGAGGACAAAUCGGGAAACAUUUGGUUCUUCCAAGGAGAUAACUACUGGGUGUUUGACGCUGAGAUGCACAUCAGGGGGCCUGAGUCCAUCAGAAAUUUAGGGUUGUCCGUACCCAGCAUCCAGGCCGCACUUCGCUGGGGUCACGACCCCAACUACAACACCUACUUCUUCAGGUCCGGUAGCUACUGGAGGUUUAGUCCCCGGGAGAACCGGGUUGAGUCCCCGCACCCACGCAGCAUGCAGUACUGGAGAGGUAUACCCAAGGACGUGGAUGCUGCCUUCAGGGACAUACACGGCUUUGCCCAUUUCAUCCGAGGACGUCAGUACUGGAAGUUUGAUCCUGUCGGCAUGAACUCGUUGGAGGGAUACCCUCGCUACAUCGGCGUGGACUUCUUCGGAUGCAGGAACGAGUGAGUCUGGUGAAGAAUUACGUAUCCCGAUUCUCUUGAUAACGAAGAGGAAUCAUUGGAAUAAAAACUGCAGACUCAAGAGGACAAGAUGAUCUUUACACCUGUUCAUGCUCCACCGCACUUAGUGACACUCAGAUACAUUUGCGCCUUUUU